CUUAGCCGUUAGGCUUAAUAUCUUUAAUUUCUUCUCUGCUUUCAGUAACCCAAGCCAUCUAAACCCCUUCUCUUCUCUCUAUUUCUUCUCCCUUUCAUCCUUGUAUUCACAGCCAGAUCCAGCCAUUCUCAUCGUUCGGUCUCAGCAAAACCAGUUAGCCAAAACUCCUUUUCCAAUUGUCUUAUUUUUCUUACUUUUUCACCUGAAUCCGCAACCACCGAGAUACCCGAAUCGCUCGUCUUUGCUCCUUUUACUCUGAAGACCGACGCUGACAUUACCAUCCAUUUCUCUGCUCUUCGUUGCCUUUCUCUUUCUCGGCGUCUUCAACAGUAAUGGCUGGCACUCACUACGGCCAUCUUCAUGCUGCAACUCCUGUCUCUCUUCAUCGGCAAUAAGCAGUUAUGGAGCAGAAACCUGGGGACUUCACUAUCUUCCUAUCAGGUCCUUGUGACAGUUCCGAGAUAGGUCUAGAUUUUCCCAGAGAAAAGUACAACAUUCAGAAGUAGAUCUUCUAUGGGUGACUGAACCUACCCAAUCAGCAUCAGUGAGCACUUCAACAUCUCUUUUUGUGUCUUUUCCAAAGUAUAAAUCCAUGUGAAGAGUCAUCUUGAGAUGGGGUAAAGAGGGAAGUUUGUGAAAGCUUAAUUAAUAAGCUGUGCAGUUCCUUUUCUGAUGGCAUACAUUUCGUGAAACCAAUAUCCUCCCUGAGGACAAAUGAAGUGGAUUUGGUACAAGGUGUUUUACGAGCCUUGCAAGGUUUAUCUAGUCCCCUGUUUUACUGGGAUCUGAGUAGACAGAUGUUUUGUGCCAAAAAAGGAAUCUACUUGACUCAUCUAUCCCAUACAGGACUGCAUGUCCUUCUCAGUCAAUUUAUGUAUGCUGCAACAUGUCUGAAACUUGUAGAUGCUCUAGUGAAUAGAAUGGAGACUUCUGUGAAAUUGCCUCCUACCUUAAGGGCAUUUUCAUGUUCAGUUUCUGCAUGGCUUAAGAGACUGAGGAAUAUUGCUCUAAAGGAAGAAAUGAAGAUGAAAAACUCUGACACUGAAGUAACACCAACCCUGUUGGGAUUGGCAAGUUCCUUAUCAAGCCUUUGCUCAGGUGCUGAACAUUUGUUGCAAUUAGUGCGUGGAGCCAUCCCUCAAGUAUACUUCGAGUCAACUUCAUCCAUUCCUCAUGCUGAUAUUAUUGUUCAUGUUCUUGACUAUCUUUACAAGAAGUUAGAUCAAAUAUGUCUUGUCCAAGGUGGUGAGGAUAACGCAUAUUGGAUGCUGCUGCAUAUAUUUGUUGGAAGUUUAUUGCCCUAUAUUGAGUGUCUUGAUUCUUGGCUUUUUGAAGGGACUCUUGAUGAUCCUUUCGAGGAGAUGUUCUUUUAUGCCAGCAGGGCUAUCUCAGUUGAUGAGCCACAAUUCUGGGAGAAGAGCUACCUCUUGAGACCAGUGCAAAGUCAGAAAUUAAAUGUCAAGCUCCCUACCCAUGACCAUAUAGGUCAAUCAAAUGACAAGAAAGAAAUGGCUGAAAGGGAGUCUAUUUCUUCUACGAGUCAUCUGAAAGGAAAAGAGCAUAAAAAUAAAGAAAUUCUAGUUUGCCCUCUAUUUAUUAAGGACAUAGCUAGGUCAAUUGUUUCUGCUGGAAAAUCAUUGCAACUGAUCCAACAUCUGCCUUCAACAUUGUUGACAGCAUCUAGGAAGGAUAGUUAUAGUGAUCCUAAUGGUCAUGACAACCCAAGAUAUGCUCAUCACUAUAAGAGCAUUGUUGGGUUGUCCCUAUCUGAGGCUUUUUGUGUCUCACUAGCGGGUCUUAUUGGCCAUGGUGAUCACAUCUCUAAAUACUUGUGGAAAAUUGAUGGAGGCAAGUUGGAGAUAUCCCCAGUGAUUAACAAUGGGAAUGGCGAAACUUUAUCGGUCUUAGCAUAUUCAGAAAAGAUUUGGUAUAAGUUCCUGAUUGAUGCACUUGAAAAGAAAAAAGUGCUAGGCUUAGAAUCUGGAUAUGAGAAUUGUAGUGAUUUUCCUUGUGGGAAAGAAGGGACAACAGCUACAGGUUUUAGAAAUGCACUGCUGACACCAUUCUGUUCAGAAAAUCCAAUCAUUUCCAUCUCUCGGACAUUCCUUGACAAGAAUAGGGAUACUUGGGAAGCACUCAAUCUAUCUCGAAAAUUUGAUCUACCCCCUUUAAAUGAUGAGGUUCUACGAAAGGCUAUUUUUGGGGACAAGAGUGGACCACCUUCUGUAUGUAGGGGUACAAACUAUACAUUCGGUUUCCAAUUUUGUGAAUCUGAGCAUCUUCGUUCUCAGGAUGACACAAAACUGUUGGAAGCCUUGUUACCCUUUCCUACCAUUCUUCCUUGUUUUCAGGAUGAUCUCCAUAUGUCAGAACUCUUACCUUUCCAGAAGAACAGCACCCUUCCAUCAAGAGUUCUAAGCUGGAUUCAAAACAUCGAACCAGCAGCUACUCCACUUCCUGUUGUUGUCAUGCAGGAAUGCCUUACAAUCUACAUUAGGAGGCAGGUGCACUAUGUAGGCAGAGUUAUUUUAUCAAAGCUAAUGAACGAUUGGAGAUUGAUGGAUGAGCUUGCAGUGCUGCGUGCCAUAUACUUGUUAGGGUCAGGUGAUCUGCUGCAGCACUUUUUAACUGUGAUUUUCAAUAAGCUAGAUAAGGGAGAAACUUGGGACGAUGAUUUUGAGUUGAACACUAUUUUACAGGAAUCCAUUAGAAACUCUGCCGAUGGAAUGCUUUUAAGAGCUCCAGAUUCAUUAGUGGUGUCUAUUAUCAAAGGUGAAGGUCUGGACACUGAGGAGCAGCCCAAUAUAGCUCCUGUGCCUACAACUCCUCGUAAAAGUCGUGGACACGGCUUUGGAAUUGAUGGCCUUGAUUUAUUGAAGUUUACAUACAAGGUUCCUUGGCCACUUGAACUCAUUGCUAAUACAGAGGCUAUUAAGAAGUAUAAUCAGGUGAUGACUUUCUUAUUGAAGGUCAAGCAUGCAAAAUUUGUUCUUGAUAAAGCUCGAAGGUGGAUGUGGAAGGCUAAAGGCUCUGCAACACCGAACCGAAAACACCAUUGGUUAGUGGAGCAGAAACUCCUACACUUUGUGGAUGCUUUUCAUCAAUAUGUGAUGGACAGAGUGUAUCAUACUGCAUGGCGUGAACUGUGUGAAGGUAUGGCAGCAGCUGGAUCUCUGGAUGAGGUCAUAGAAGUGCAUGAGGCGUAUUUACUAUCAAUCCAGCGCCAGUGCUUUGUUGUUCCAGACAAGCUGUGGGCACUGAUUGCAAACCGGAUUAACAGCAUUCUUGGAUUGGCUUUGGAUUUUUAUUCCAUACAGCAUAUGCUAGGUAGCGACGGAGCAGUUUCAGCAACCAAGGCUAGAUGUGAAAUGGAAGUGGAUCGGAUUGAGAAACAAUUUGAUGAUUGCAUUGCUUUCCUCCUCAGAGUUCUCUCUUUCAAGCUCAAUGUGGGAAACUUUCCUCAUUUGGCUGAUUUGGUUACUAGGAUUAAUCACAACUACUACUACAUUUCUGAUAGUGGGAACCCGAAAAUGUCCUUGGUUCCAAAACUGUCCCAUUAUGACCGGGAAAGGUCUUUAUGAGUCGAACAAACUGUAAAUAGGGUGUGUGGGACACUUUCCCCUCUCAAGCUCAAUGGGUGACACUUCUUUGGCGGAUUUGGUUACUAAGAUUAAUUACACAACUACUACAUGCCUGAUAGUGGAAAUCUGAAGACUUUCCCUGGUCCCAAAGGUCUUUGUGAGUUAAUGCCAUGGCAUUCUUUGUGUUAAUAUAGUGUGUAGUAUUUGUUGUAUGGCGGCUCAAAAAGCACAUGGCGUGUUUUCAACCUUGAGUUAGUCAAUAGGUUGAUAAUGGGAAGGUAAAGAGUUAUAGAAUUUACUAGGAUGUAUAUUUUGAGGGUUCUGUGUCUUUUGUUUUUUCUUUUUUGAUGUCGCUUUUGGUUGCCUAGCAAUUAUUGACGGAAGUAUUGAAUUUCAGUUGCAUUUAGUUUGAUGGUGGUUCCUAAAUUUUUAUGAAAA